AUGAGCGAAAACAAUGAUGAGAGUGGCGCACCAGCGUGUGUAUUUUUCAAAGCUCCAGUUCGUCGUGGCAAUGCACAGCCAUCAUCCAAGCGUCGUCAACGAUCAUCAUCCAAGUCGUCCGCAUCAUCCUCCUCGUCGUCUGGUGACGAGAGUCAACCAUCAGCAGCAACACUUCGCACAUCGAAACAAGUUCGACAAGGUUUAGUUUCGACAACAUCGAGCAAUGCAUCCAGUAAACGUCGUCAACAAGCAGCUAACAGUGAUGAUGACGAUGCCGGUGAACAUCGCGAACACUCCAACAAGGACAAGAUGUUCGAAGUGAAGUUCAAGUCCGAUCGACAAGCACAACCACAAGGUCCACGAGAUAUGGGUGCAACUGCAACAGUUGAAAUCGACACAGACACGAAGAAUGAUCAACAAACUAUCUUUGAACGUGCAAAGAAGAUCAACGAAGAACUGAAAGGCAAAGCAGACGAUAAGAUCUAUCGUGGCAUGAACAAUUAUCAGCAGUUUUAUGAAAAACGUGACACGGUACAUGGCAAUGCUAGUAGUGGUCUUGUUCGAAAUAAGGGUCCGAUUCGUGCACCAGCUCAUCUUCGUGUGUCAGUUCGAUGGGAUUAUCAGCCAGAUAUUUGCAAAGAUUACAAAGAGACAGGUUACUGUGGAUUUGGUGAUAGUUGUAAGUUCUUGCACGAUCGCUCGGAUUACAAACAUGGUUGGCAGCUCGAACGAGAAUGGAAUGAACAAUCGUAUGGCGCGGUGGAUAACAACAGUCAACGUUAUUUAGUUGGCGACAAAGCACCCGGACAAACAAAUCGUUCAGCUGCUUGGUCUGCUUUUUCUUCGGGAAACAAAGAUACCAAUCAUCAUCAUGACCAUGCCAAUCUCGGAUCCGAUGAUGAUGAUGAUGAAGAACAGACUGAAGAUGGUUUGCCGAUUAAAUGUCCGGUCUGUCGAGAACCAUUCAGAGAACCAAUUGUGACUCGAUGUGGCCAUUAUUUCUGUGAAUCAUGUGCGUUGAGUCAAUUUCGUAUCAGUCCUGCCUGUUCAGUAUGUCAAACGCCGACUGGUGGUAUGUUCAUGCCGGCAAAAGAAAUCGUUGCAAAAUUGAAACAACAAAAUCAAUUGAAGGCACAACUGGGUAAUCGAACAGCAACACAUGACACUCGCUCAAGCGAUGAUGAUGAUGACGGUGACGACAACAAUGGCUGA